UCCUCCUUUUCUCCCUGCUUCUCCACCUCUUGCUCCUCUUGCUCCUCCACCUCCUUCUCCACUUCUUUCUCCUGCUCUCCUCUUCUACUCCACCUGCUUCACUCGCUCCUCCUCCUCCAUGCUAAAGUCUGCACAGUUUCCUCCACCAGCGAAGGAGCAGCAGCUCCACCGCAGGUUAUCAGUGAGCGUAUUAAUAAUUGAUCGGAGGUUUGAUCGACACGCAGCUUCACCUGCUGAACUUUGCAGGAAUGUGGAAACUAAAUAUUGACGGAAGCCGUCGACGUGUUUCUUUGUGUUCGACUCUGCAGGACUUCGUCACGGCGAGUGAAGCUCCACCGGUUCAUCCACCUUGUUUCUACGCUCAUUCUGGAACCGGUUCCUCCCGUUCUUACCGGACGGUAACGGGUUCGUAACGCCGGUGAUGGAGGACGAAUGUUAGUGAGGCUUCGCCGGUUUGCCAUGGUGAUAUACCGGGUUGUCGUCUAUCAGGAGUGUUUGUUCCUCUCCGGCGACGCCCACCGAACCGUCGUCCAACUGGUCGGCAGCAGAGGAGCCAGCGAGCGCGUCCCAUUGGCUGAGAGAUCUAUCUGUCGGGUUUUAAAGAACAUGUGUUGCUGCAGCAGAACCACAGAAGAAGAAGCAGAAUACGCGGUGUACUGUCCCAGCAGCCUCGGAGCUUUGCUAUUGGUCCGUUUGGAAGCCCCGCCCACCACAGCCAGCGUCUGGUUUUGUUCGAAGGUCUCCGUGACGACGCCAGAGGGCGGAGUCUCAGUGUUCCCCUGCUACCGAUUCGUCAGCUGCUCGACCUCGCUGGCGCUGAGGGAUUCGAUUGCAAAGUUUGUGUUCGACGACGUCCGACCAAUCGAACUGGAUCAGAGGAUAAACGAGCUGACGUACCGCCGGCAAGCAUAUCGGUGGAGUUGCUAUGACGAUGGUCUCCCGGAGACGAUGAAGGCUGACGACAUCACGUCACUUCCUGCUGAGGUUCGAUUCUCCGUAUCCAAGGCGACCGACAUGAUGCUGACCGUCGGCAAAGUACUGGUGGAGUUGGGUCUGCAGAGCUUCCUGUGCUCUGAGCAGCGUUGGUCCAGUUUUCAUCAGAUCCAUCAGCUCUGCAAGCAGACCAGGACCCCAACCUGCAGAUUGGUGGAGCGACUCUGGAGGGAGGACUGGUUCUUCGGACAUCAGUUCCUGAACGGAGCCAACCCGACUCUGAUUCGCCGCUGCACAGAAAUCCCGCCCAACAUGGCCGUUACCGAGGAGACGGUGAGGGCGUCGCUGGAGGGCGGAGCCAGCCUCAGUCAGGAAAUGGAGAGAGGAAACAUGUUUGUGGCGGAUUAUCGGCUGCUGGACGGUCUCACAGCGAACACUGUGAACAGGAAGCAGAACUACCUGACAGCUCCACUCGUCCUGCUGCACCUGAACUCCACCAACCAACUGCUGCCUGUCGCCAUCCAGCUGAAACAGUCUCCAGGUGAGACAAACCCGGUCUUCGUCCCUCAGGAUCUGGAAGCUGAUUGGCUGACGGCCAAAACCUUUGUGCGCUCUGCAGAUUUCGCCGAUCACGAGCUGCGUUCUCACUUCCUGCGCACACAUGUGAUGUCAGAGCUCUUCGCUAUGGCAACACUUCGCAACUUUCCCAUGGUGCAUCCUCUCUACAAGCUGUUGGGGCCUCAUUUCCGUUUCACUCUGGAGAUCGACACUCUGGCUCGUCAGCUGCUGCUCUCUGAUGGAGGAUCACUGAAAGAGUACACGGCGGUGGGCGGAGCCGCCACAUUGGACUUCCUAAGGAGGGCGUCGGCCUCACUCACCUAUCGUGACCUUUGUUUACCAGAUGACAUCACUGGGCGUGGCCUGGACUCCAUUCCUGGUUAUUAUUACCGUGACGAUGGCCUGCGGCUGUGGGACAUCAUCCACAGGUACGUAGGGGGCGUGGUCAGCUACUACUACCGCAGCAACAAUGACGUCACCAGAGACUCAGAGCUGCAGAGCUGGAUCAAUGAGAUUGUUGUGUUCGGUCGCCUAGGAGACGAGAAGAAAGGUUUCCCCAAAUCCUUCUCUUCAGUGCCGGAGCUGACGUACUUCGUUACCAUGGUGAUCUUCAAUGCAUCAGCGCAGCACACCGCUGUUAACAACGCACAGCUGGAUUAUUUCGGGUGGAUGCCGAACGCUCCUGUGGGUCUGCAGCGUCCUCCUCCGGCCUGCAGGGGGCGCUGCAGCGAGCGCAGCCUGCUGGACAGUUUUCCUGACGUGAACUCCACCGUGCACGGCCUCGCCACCGUCUACCUGCUCAGCAAGAAACCUGCAGACUUCGGCCCAGGUCUGAUAGCACUUUCCUACUAUGUCCAGCUGUUGCUGUCGUCCUUGUUCAGUUGGAGACAGCAGAACAAGGUCAUCAGCAUAAAGCAGAGACUUCACCUCUAUAUCGAGGAGGGAGAGGCCAGGAGCAGCACACUGAUCCAGCUGUUCGUCUGGGCGGCUCAGCUCAGCAGCUCUUCACAGAGAGCGUUCCCAUGGAGAUGGCGGCCCAUUUCUGUAGCGACCUGAAACGUCUCAGCUGUGACAUCACAGCGAGGAACGUCGGCCUGACGCUGCCGUACGUCUACCUGGACCCCGCCACCGUGGAGGACAGCGUGACGCGCUGACGCUACAGCUAGCACAGUCUGCAUCAUGAGUUAGCUUAGCAUCUGUAGCUUCACAGUGUUUCAUCAGACUUAUUUAUUUAUUUCUGAUUUAAAUGAACAAUUUAGAAAAUGCUUUUAUUAGGCCGAGUUGAUGUGUUGACAAACAUGCUCACAGUUUAAAUCUCUACAUUAUUUGUCCUGUGGGAACUUGAUUAUAUUGAUUGUAACUUUUGUUCACUUUGUUUCCGUCGGGAAUUUUUCGGUAUUUUCAGCUUUCAAUUAAUUUCGCAAUUUCAAUCCAAAUUUAGGCGAAUCUUUUUAAAUCAGAGUUUGUCUGUCUGGUGUGUUGUUAUUUUCCAGUUGUGGAAGAAGUAUUUAGAUCCUUUACUUCACUUUAGACUGCAGAGUAACUAAAGCUGUCAGACAAACGCAGUAAAAAGUCCAGUAUUUGCCUCUGAGAUGUGGCGGAGUGGAAGUAGGAAGAUGCAUAAAAUGGACUGAGGACUGAAAACACUUCUGCCACCUCCAAACAAACAAACAAACAAACAAAAACAACACUUGAUUUCUAUAUUUACAGUUAAUUUCCCAUUUAAAGAAGCUUUAACUGACAUCAGUCAGCGUUACGGCUGUAAUCACAGAGCUCUGUUUCAGGAAAUACAGCAUUAUGAAAUGAUAAAGUAUCAAGUCUCUCUCUAAAAGGAUGUGAUUUAUGAUUACUGCAUUAGUAGCCUGUUGCAGCAAUUUAUUCAGCUUUCAAAUACUAUGUCUUAUUUCGUUGUACUCGCAUUGUGAUUAAAAUCACACCAAAUAAAUGGAAAGCAAAAUAAAUUACAUGAAUCAAAAACAAAAACUGAUUUCUUGUUUUUUAUUUUCACCUGUUUGAGUUUAGACCCACGACGGCUAAUCAGCGGUUCAACUUCCGGUUCCAACUCUCGAAUUACCAGGUGAAUCCAGGUGUCGGGAGCUUUUUUCAGGCUCAGGUGUGGCGGCGGCUUUCACCGGCUUCCAGCAGCUUCCAGCCGCUCUUCGGUCGCGCUCGGCGGGCAGAGAGAAGCGGAGUAGACCGGGUCGGCAGCUCCCGAACGGACGA